UUGUGGGAGUGAAUAGUCAAACAGCUGUUGUCUGGGCGAAUUUCAUACGACACAUUAUGAUGAUUUCAUAGUCUAAUUUGAUGCGAAUAAAAAUUGGUGGACCUGGAAAGGUUGUAGAAAUCGACUAGACUGUUGUGAGCAAUGUUGGAUCGUAAGAGGAAGAAUGUACAGUACACUGGUGUGUUAAGAAUGCGAAAAAUGUUUUCUACGAUGGAAAAGGAUGAAGUUACGAAUCAUCUGAACCAUGUUCUUUACCGAAGAAAUUGAAGAUAAAGAAUUAGAAAUAUGAGCACAUGAGGUGAAGAACGAAUGAAACACGGGGAGACGUGAAGAAAGUUUUAUAACCAUCGAUCGUCACUCUUCUAUGACGUCGCAUCACCUAACCAAUAAGAAGGCGGUCGUGUUUGACAUCACAUCCAAUAGUACCAGCUGGGGUGAAUGAAAUAAACGUCGACAGUGUUUACGCCAGCAGAACAUGAGUAAGAACCGAGGAUGAUGUUUCGAAUGUGUUUAUUCAUCUGGCUGCUAACAACCGUAACCGUUAAGGGAGAGGACGAAAGAAAUACGGAAAAAACGGUGACGAAAACUUCCGAAAGGCCCGUUAUCAAUACGAUAACGUACGCGGACAAUAACGAGGAUAGAAAGUACGAAUCUUCUGCCUCCGGUAAUCAGCACCGCUUUCAAGUAACCACCGUCGACUUUCCACACGUCUCCACCCCUUUCAUCAUUUCCCUAUGGAUAGUCAUUGCCGGUCUUGCCAAAAUAGGAUUUCAAGUGACUCCAAAAUUAUCGCAUCUCUGUCCAGAAAGUUGUCUUCUGAUCGUAAUCGGAGUAAUUAUCGGUCUCCUCCUAUUUUACACGGGAUUGACCAAAGUGGGACCCUUGACUCCGACCAUCUUUUUCCUCUUCUUGCUUCCACCCAUAGUUUUAGAUGCGGGUUACUACAUGCCGAAUCGCAUGUUUUUCGAUAAUUUGGCAACUAUUUUAUUAUACGCCGUGAUCGGAACCGUGUGGAACGCCAUCACCAUUGGAUUCUCUCUUUGGGGACUCGGACUAACCGGCUUGUACGGUGUACAAAUGCCUCUCCUGGAUACUAUUCUGUUCAGUUCCAUUAUAUCGGCGGUGGAUCCCGUGGCCGUUCUUGCCGUUUUCGAAGAAAUUCAAGUAAACGAAGUGCUGUAUAUAUUGGUUUUCGGGGAAUCUCUUCUUAACGAUGCAGUCACUGUGGUUCUGUAUCACAUGUGCGAAGGAUACGCGGAUAUAGGCACGGAAAACAUCCUACCUAUCGAUUACGUGGCCGGCGUGGCAUCCUUUUUCGUCGUGGCUCUAGGAGGAACGUUCGUAGGAGUCAUAUGGGGCAUUUUAGCCGCAUUCAUAUCUCGUUUCACUCAUCACGUUCGCAUCAUAGAACCUCUGUUCAUCUUUGUUUUGGCCUAUUUAUCUUACCUAAGCGCCGAACUCUUUCGGCUUUCCGGGAUACUAGCGUUAACAUUCUGCGGAAUGACCAUGAAAAAUUACGUGGAGGAAAACAUAUCUUACAAAUCUCACGUGACGGCGAAAUACGGAAUGAAAAUGCUGGCAAGUUCGGCAGAAACCAUUAUCUUCUUGUUUCUUGGUGCCUCGACGGUCAACGAGAGGCACGAAUGGAACACCUGGUUCGUCAUCUUCACCAUCAUUUUCUGUUCCGUUUACAGAGGAUUGGGUGUCAUCAUUUUUACCGGUAUAGCCAAUAAAUUUCGUCUUCAUAAAAUCGACAAAGUGGAACAGUUCAUAAUGGCUUACGGCGGUCUUCGAGGGGCAGUGGCAUUCGCUCUGGUGCUAAUCAUAUCGGAAGAAGUCAUACCCACUAAAGACAUGAUGGUAACUACCGUCAUCGCCGUCAUUUACUUCACGGUCUUCGUCCAAGGAAUGACCAUCGGGCUUUUGGUGAAAGCGCUGAACGUGUCCAGAAGUCAAAAGAUGAGAUUAUCUAUGAACGAAAGGAUACAUAUCAGGCUGAUCGACCAUCUAAUGGCUGGAAUUGAAGAUCUGACCGGACAUUUCAUGGGAAAUCGCAAGAUAAGAGACAAAUUUCGCUACUAUAACAACAGAUUCAUUCGUCCGUUACUAACGAGAGAUUCCAAAAGUGCCGAACCGAAGAUAUUCGAGACUUAUUCGAAAUUGAAUCUAGAAGACGCCAUGAACAUGGUACAGCAAAACGGUAACGCCAUCAACUCCGCCAUGAAUAAUUCCAAUCCUUCUUUGGCCAUGAUCCUCAAGUACUACGAGAAAAAUGCCAACAAAGGACUGGACGAUUAUUCUUACACCGAAGAAUAUUCUCCUUAUAACGACUAUUCCAUCCCGUAUAAUACGAAUUUCGUCAACAUAGACUUAGGAGAAUUGCAUUAUUCGCCUUCCAAUAAGCAUUUGGCGGAUGCAGAAUUGCAUCACAUUUUAUCGGACGCCAUGUUUCAACCUCCGAGAGUUACGAGACGACGUUACAGUCGAAGCGACGUGGAAGAAACCAACCCGGACACUAAAUUUCGUCAUCAGUUAGGCAUUAGGAUGCCCAUGAGGUAUUUCGUGUCGGAAGGUAGCAAGAAGAAGAAAAAACCGAGAUCGCCGCGACCCAAAGAAUAUUCUCAAUACCCCUCUUACGGAAUAAAUCCGGCAUUCGAAUUCGACGAACCCGUCAAGAACUACAAACACGAAAAAGGAAGAUUAUCGUUACCUCUUUCGACCUAUCGAGGAGAUGACAAGUCAAAUGAUUCCGGUCCGUGGACCACGUUUAAAGCCAUGAAACGUAUAGAAUCCAAUUCGUCGUUAGAUGACGGAAUCAUCUUUUCCGUUCCAGAACAAAAAGAGGAGGAGGAGGAAAAUCAAGAGGAGAAAUCUGAUUCUAGAAGUUCCUCACCCAUUCCGGAUGCCAUGACGUUACCAUGGAAGCGCGAUGAAGACUGUUCUGAUGGAAAGUGUGUCAGGAGGCAGCAAGAGUUUCCAUCUUGGGUCCUGAAUAAAGAUUACAUUCUCUAUUCUUCUCCCACUCACACUUUUCUGGGUAAUCUGGGAAAAAACCAAAAGAAAUCUCCUGCCAUUUUUGAAAUAUUCUCCAGGCACAACAAGGCUAAACUUGAAAGAAUGGAAUCAAUACGAGAGACCGAAGACAAAGAAUCUCCUGUUCAAGACAGUGACAGGGAGAGUGAGCACUCCUCAAAAUCUUGCACAGAGAACCAUAGGUUAGAUGGUAACGAGCAGUCUGAAAGAAAAGCAGCCAAUAAAGAAGUCGUUCUCGAAGUAUCUAAUGACGUAGACGAAGACACUAAAUUAUAGAAUGAAAAUAGACUAUAAAACUUUGAUAUGUGCUAUACUUAAUAAUGUACAGUGAAUAAUGUACUGUAUAGAUUUUUGAAAUUAGUUUCUGCCCCAUCUUUUUUGGUGGCCAAUUCGUCGCAAGAGACUCUUUUGGACAUUUUAAGUAGGUUUAGUGAACACAAGGAUUAUUGCCAAACUUUUUAUCUUUUUUGUAGAGCACAAACUUGCACAAGUGUAAAUCAUUCUAUUUAUAUUACAGAAUAUCGCGUAUAUUUAAGCAAGAAUUUGUAUCAAAAUAUACAGGCCUAUAUUUUUUGUAAAUUUUAGCAGAUGACGAUUCUGUAUAAUAUUUAUGUGGAAUUUUGGUAUAAAAAAAGGAAAGUAGUGAUACUCAUUCAUCUGGAAGGCAUGUUAUUACAUCAUCAUCGCUCUCCAUUAUUUCUUCAUCCAUAACAAAAAUAUCAUGUUAGAAUUGUACUGUGUAAAUCAAACAGAAAUGCUGCUUUUUAAAAAUGAAAUGUAAAUGAUGGAGAAAUAUGUUAAUAAAAUUUAGAAAAUCUUUCCAAUUAAUGACUUACUUUUUUGUGUGUGCAGACAAAAACUAU